ACCGUGUUUCCGCCAAAAGAGAAAACAACCAAGGUGCAACGCCACUUUGAUGAGCUCAACAAGACUCGCGACGCCCUUUUGGAGAAGCUGCGCCUCAAAAAUGCCAACAUGAAAAGUCUGACCCGGAAACUGGAGGCGCACAUGAGACAAAAGGAGGAGAUGGGCGAGGUGUUACGUCAGGUGGAUUUCGAUCAGUUAAAAAUAGAAAACCAGCAAUUUUUAGAUCGCAUAGAAGAGAAAAACAAUACCAUGAUUCAGCUGAAGUUGCUGGCAGGACGCUCUCUUCACGAACUCAACCAACAAAAGCGGAAACUUCAGGCUCUGACAGAGGACGGUCACCGGCUGGACGUGGUCACCCAUAAGGAGGCGGCCAUCGGGCGGCGGGUGGCAGCCGAACGGGCUGUGGUUCAGAGACAGCUAGUCUCCUCGUGCACCGUCAACCGCCGCCUACAGACCCAAAUGGCCAAUUUCCGGGUGCCGCCCACCAUCGACUACAUCCACACCAACGACCGCGUCUACAAACUGAAGCGCAAGGUGAUCAUCUGGCAGCGCAAGCUAGACAUCGCAAAGAUGACGCUGCUGAACCUGCGCGCAGUGCACGGCAUCAGCGGCCAGCCGGCGGCGUCCGGGAGUUCCGCCGAGCGGUCGCAGGCCGGCGGCCGUGGCCCGACCCCGGCCCCGCUUCGGGUGCUCAGCUCACGCCUGGUGCCGGCCGCCGCUGGUACAGCCCGCUGAACUGUAGCUGGGACCAGGGAGACGGAAACCACUGGGCUCACCUCCUGCCAGUGAGCAGAUGACCGUGCUGCAGGCCAGUCACUCCACGAUUGGAGCCGCACUAUUUCGCCAGCGCUCUUCAACUGUGAAAUUGAGCUGCUGUCGAAUGUGACCCCAGAAGUACAGGGUGUCCUGAAAGAAGUUUACCCAAACAAUGUUUCUUAAGAUUUGCAAUUUUAACUCAGUUCGUUGGAAAUUUAUAUGAUACUCUACCAACGCAAGGAGAAGUAAGUGCACAAAGUUUCAUGCGAAUCGAUUGUGUUUAGCAGAAAUGGUGACACGUAAAAAAAAAUCGUACACCUCUAGCGCCAGGGUGCAUCCCGAAAAAUUCCAUCCGAAUAUUCUAAUACAACUUCUACUUCACCA